AUGGCGGCCACAGCUCGCGUCUUACUGGCGCUUGCGACAGGCCUGGUGACAUGCGCAGGGUUCUCUCCGCAACUCAGCCCCUCAUCCCUCAGCUACCUAGCUUCCUCCUCCUCUUCCUCCUCCUCCUCCUCAAGGCUCCAUGUGUCCUUCAAGAACGCUCCUUGGGGGUUUGAGUCAAGAUUGAGGCCGGGUGGGCGACAGGGCCGAGCAGCUCCGCUGCGGCUGGAGAUGCAGCAGAAACUCUCCAGGGAAGAGAGGCUUCAAACUGGCGUGAGCAACGCCCAAUACAAGAAGGUACCGGCCAAAAGAAUCCGAAACUUCAGUAUCAUUGCGCACAUCGACCAUGGCAAGUCGACUCUUGCUGAUCGCCUCCUGGAGUUUACAAGGACCGUACCAGACAGAGAGCUGCAACAACAGUUCCUUGACAACAUGGACAUCGAGCGCGAGCGAGGCAUCACCAUCAAGCUGCAAACAGCGAGAAUGAACUACAACUACAAUGGUGAGGAUUAUGUGCUGAACCUCAUCGACACGCCAGGGCAUGUCGAUUUCUCGUACGAGGUUUCUCGCUCCCUCAUUGCGUGUGAAAGUGCGCUGCUGGUCGUUGAUGCCUCCCAAGGGAUUGAGGCACAGACGCUUGCAAACGUGUACCUGGCGCUGGAUGCAGACUUGACGAUCAUUCCUGUGCUAAACAAGAUCGAUCUUCCCGGAGCUGAUCCAGAGAAGGUGAAGCGAGAGAUCGAGGAAGUGAUAGGUUUGGACACGACAGACUCUGUCUUGUGCUCUGCUAAGGCUGGGAUCGGAAUUGAAGACAUCCUCAAGACUUUGAUCGAGAAGACCCCGCCUCCUCUUGCACGCGAGGAGGAGCCUCUUCGUUGCCUCAUCUUCGACUCUUAUUACGACCCCUACCGUGGAGUGGUGACGUACUUUAGGAUCAAGUCAGGACGCAUUCAGAAGGGCGACAAAAUUCGGUUCAUGAACACGGGGAAGAGCUUCCUUGCAGAGGAGAUUGGAGUGCUCGCGCCUACCCAACAGCCAACAGACACGUUGGAAGCGGGAGAGGUUGGGUACCUCAUUGCCGGGAUCAAGACGGUAGAAGACGCUCGAGUUGGUGACACGAUCACACACGAGGCAGAGAACAGGAGAGCGCCGGACGCGCUUCCCGGCUACGCCGAAGCCAAGCCCAUGGUCUGGAGUGGACUUUUCCCUACUGAUGCUGCCGACUACGACACGCUGAGAGACGCGCUGUCGAAGCUCAAGCUGAAUGAUGCAGCUUUACAGUUCGAGCCGGAGAACUCAGCUGCUAUGGGCUUCGGCUUCCGCUGCGGCUUCCUCGGCCUUGCUGCACAUGGACGUCGUGCAGGUCGAGGACCAAGUCUGUCUGCAUGCACUCGUCUCGAGCGAGAGUUCGACCUCGAUCUCAUCUGUACAGCUCCCUCUGUCGUUUACCAGGUGAAGCCCAUGAAGGGAGAGGCUUACUUCCUCUCCAACCCCUCAGAGCUCCCUGAGCCGACCAAGAGAGAGUGGAUCGCAGAGCCAUAUGCAAGGCUGGAGAUGAUCACUCCUGACGAGUACGUCGGGCCUUUGAUGGAGCUGGCGCAGAAUCGUCGUGGAGUCUACAAGGACAUGAAGUACCUUGUGGAGGGAAGAACAACGAUCGUGUACGAGAUGCCCUUGGCUGAGAUGGUCACCGACUUCUUCGAUCACCUCAAGUCAAGAUCCAAGGGAUAUGCUUCUAUGGAGUACUCUCUCAUCGAGUACCGUCAGAAUGAUCUUGUUCGUCUCGACGUUGCCGUCAACGGAGAGCCCGUGGACGCUCUUUCGUUCAUCCUCCACAGGGACAACGCGCAUGGCAUCGGCAAGGAGCUUUGCCUGAAGCUCAAGGAGAUCAUUCCUCGUCAGAUGUUCAAGGUGUGUUGGCUAAGUGCUAUGGUGGAGACAUCACGAGGAAGAAGAAAUUGCUCAAGAAACAGGCUGAGGGCAAGAAGCGCAUGAAGUCCGUGGGAAGCGUCGACGUGCCCCAGGAGGCCUUCAUGGCGAUGCUCAACGUGAAGAGAGACGGAGGCAAAGACAAAGACUGAGCAGGAGGACGCGCUACCGGCACUCGACGGGAUCGAGAGGCCAUGAGGAAAGCAGAGGCUCCGCCGGCUGCUGUCAGUUUUGGGGACUGAGGUCCUGAGACAAGAGGAGGAAGAGGAGAGAAGCGAGAGCUCCUGCUUGUGUGAACCAUCACUCCUG